AUGGUGGACCCCGUGCCCGAGGAGAGGAAGCCAGGGGCCGGCCCCGGGGGCCCCGGGGAGGAUGGGGCGGCCGCUCCCGCGUCCCCCGGUGGGGCCCGCUCGCCCCCGGCCCCCUCGGCCUCGCCCGUCGCCACCAAGGCCGAGGCCCCGGCCGGGCCCGAGGAGGAUCGGCGGCCCGGGGACCAGUCGCCGCUGCUGCACCUGGACCUGUUCAACUUCGACCGGCCCGAGGCGGAGGGCAGCCGCUACGUGCUGACCAGCCCGCGCUCGCUGGAGGCCUGCGCCCGCUGCGCCGUCAAGCCCGUGGAGCUGCUGCCGCGCCCGCUGGCCGAGCUGGUGAGGGAGGCCCCCGGCCGCUCCAUGCGGGUGGCCGCCGGGCUCUUCGAGGCCUACGAGGCCGAGCGCCGCGCCAAGCUGAGGCGCUGCCGGGCCGAGCGCGAGCGCAUCGUGCGCGACGAGAAGCGGCGACUCUUCACGCCCGCCCCGCUGCCCGCGGUGGGGGGCAGCGCCAGCCUCCCGGCCUCCCCCGGGCCCUGCCGGCCCCGCGCCGCCGCCCCCGCCUCCUCCCGCUCUUCUCCGGCCCCCCGGCCCCGGCCCGGCCGCAAGAGCCACUCGCUGGACUCUCUGUCGCGGAGGCGGGAAGGCCCCGGCGGCUCCGAGUCCGGGGCCUCGUCGUCCUCCUACAGCGGCGAGAGCCUGCGGGAGCGCUGGCCCGCCGGGGCCGCCGCGGCCACCGACGACGACGGGGAGGCCGGGGUCUCCUCCCCGGGGUCCCCCGCGUCCGGCCGCCCCCGCCGGCCCCCGCGUCCGGCCGCCCGCAGCGUCAGCCUGGGCGACCUGAGCCAGUCUCCGCGCACGGCGCGCCAGGUGGAGCGCAUCGUGCGGCAGGUGCGGGCGGAGCGGGGCCUGCCGCGCGAGGUGCCCGAGCGGGACCGCAAGAUCGCGGCCCUGAUGCUGGCCCGCCACCAGGAAGAGCGGCUGCUGCAGGCCCGCAGGCAGGCCGCCCGCUGCCAGUGGGAAGAGCAGCGCGCCCGGGCCGAGGAGCGGCGCCGGGCCGAGGAGCGCGACAAGCAGCUGGGGCUGGAGCGAGGCCGCCGGGCCUGGGCGGAGCAGGUGGAGGCCCGGCGUGGCCGGCUGGGCCGGGAGCAGGCGGAGGAGGCCCGGCGACGGCAGCGCCAGUGUGCCCGCGGAGAGGAGCGCUGGAGGGAGCAGGCCGAGCGGCAGGGGCGGCUGCGGCGGGAGCGGGCCGAGCGCGAGGCCCAGGACGAUCUGCGCCGCAAGCUGGCCCAGGAGCGCAACCUGCGGCUGCGGGAGGAGGAUCGGCGCCAGGGCCGCGAGCGGGAGGAGCGGGCCGGGCGCGAGCGGGCCGAGCGGGCCGAGCGCGCCCGCCAGCAGCAGGAGGGCCGCCGCCGCCGGGACCAGCGGGAGGCCGGCCGGGCCGAGCGCCAGCGCCACGAGGCCCUGCGGCUGGGCCUGGCCCGGCGGGAGCGCCAGGAGCGCGAGGACCUCAGCGGCUCGCUGGCCGCCAGCCUGGGCCGGGCCCGGGAGAACCGCGAGCAGCUGCAGGAGGGCCGCAGCCGGGGCCUGCGGGAGCGGGCCCUCCGCGAGGAGCAGCAGGGCCGCAGGGCCAAGGAGGAGGCCGAGCGCCAGGGCCGCGAGCGGCGGGAGCGGCUGGAGGCCCUGGCCCGGGCCGGGGAGCGGCGCCUCCGGGAGGCCGCCCGGGCGGCGGAGGAGGCCGCCCGCCGCCGGGCGCGGCAGGCCGGGCAGAGCCGCCUGGAGAAGGAGCGGGCCCAGCGGGCCAACAAGGAGAAGGUGGACCGGGACCGGGACGGGCGGCGGCGGGAGCUGGCUCUGGCCAUCGAGCGCAAACUGGAGCGCAGCGAGCGGCUGUCGCGGGAGCGGCGGACCGCCCUGGAGGACGCCCGCUCCGCCGCCCGCGCCUCCUUCCACGUGCGGGACAAGGUGCGCCAGGAGACCGACACGCGCUCCUUCGACAAGAUGGCCUUGGAGGCCCAGCUGCGAGCCGGGCUGGACCGCAAGUGA